GGGGAGGGGUUGGCCCAGCGGCGGGAGGCGGGAGGCGAGCCCCGGGGAUCAGGGCCUAGAGCCUGGGCCUGGGCCUGGCGGGGGCUGAGCUGAGCUGAGCUGCUGCCCGGGAUCGUGUCGGUGUGGACCAGUUGUGCUGUGGUGGGGAAUGGAGGCUUUACUGGAAGCAAUGCAGAAUCAUGUACACGGAGGCAAUACCCUCACUGGCUGUGAGGCUGAGUUACAAGAGUUGAUGAGACAGAUUGAUAUCAUGGUGGCUAACAAGAAAUCCGAAUGGGAAACUCAGUUGCAGGCUGUGGAAAACACCCUGGAUGUCAGAGAACGGGAGCUCACUGCGACUCAAGCUUUACUGGACCAGAAAUGCAAAGAGAUGGGGAUUCUGCAACACCAGUUGCUCAAAAUGGAAAAGGUUCAGCAGGGCAUGGUGGUGCAGUAUGAAAGCCAGCUGAAGAAUUUUCAGGAAGAGCUUGGGGAGUUGAUGAAAAGCUACAAGAAGUUGCAGAAACGACAGUUGAAGGAAGAGAGGGAGGAAAUCAAGAGCAGGGAAGGAAAUAAAGAAAGCAAAUCUGAACUCACCAGGUUGAACAAGAAGAUUGAGGAAUUCCGACAGAAGUCGCUGGAUUGGGACAAGCAGAGACUUCAGUAUCAUCAGCAGGUGGCUUCUCUGGAAGAGCAAAGAAAGUUGCUGUUGGAGCAGUGCAAAGUCGUGCAGCAACAGACUGUAAAGUAUCAGACUCAGCUCAGUAGUCAGAAACAGCUCAUUGAACAGAAGGAACGACUCAGUCAAUCAGAAAUUCAGCAUUUGAAGAACCAGUUGGAGCGAGCCAAUGACACAAUCUGUGCAAAUGACAUGUCCUCAGAGCGCCUGGACAUGAGCAUAGACAAAUUAAAAGGAGCGAACCAACAUCUUAAAGAGGAUCAGUGUCAGCUCCAGGAAGAACUGCGACAAUUGAAAAAACUUGUACAGACAUUAACACAGGAAAAUAAGGAACUGAACACCAUGCUCCGGUCACAAGAGGACAUCAUUCAGAAUGCAGAACAUCAACAGCAGCAAUUGCACAAGGAGCUGGCAAGGACCAAUGAGCUCCUUAAUGCCAUGGAGAUAGCUGCCAGGAAAUCAUUGGAGGAAAGCUUGCUGCUUCAUCAGUCCAGUGAUGUCACCCAUAGCCAGACUGAGUUACAGCGUGUGCAAGUGCAACUCCAGGCAAGCCUAAAGGGUGAGGAGAUCCUAAAGGCUGAAGUUACACAUCUUCAGAAAAGUUUAGAAUCAUCAAAUGCUCAAUGCAUACGAUUAACUGAAGAAAUUACCAGGAGACAUGAUGAAAUGCGACAAAUUGAAGAAGAUCACAGGAAAUGCAAGCAGGACAUUAAAAAGCUAAGAGACCAGCUGAAUCAUGGUGAGCAAAGUCGUCGCUCUGAGAUGGAGGGAAUGAAGGCGGAGGUGUCUCAGUUGACGACAGAAUUGCACCAGCGUGACAUUACGAUAGCGACUAUAAGCACAACCACCUCCAACAUGGAAAGGCAGCUUCGAAGUGAAAUGGAGAAAGCCGAGAGGAGUGCAACAGGAUAUAACGUGAAAUCUGAUGCUUCAUUCACUGAUCUGCAUGACAGCUAUUCUGUGUCACUGAGGAGCUUGGAACAAGAGAACCAGCAACUCCAACAAGAACUGUCUGAAAUGAAAACCAAACUGGAGGCUUCAGCCAAGGCGUCUCAAGACAGAUAUGAGAUGGUUCUGCAACAAAUACAGAACAAGUUGACAGAUAUCAGACAGACAGAGGACAGACGGAUGCAAGAUCUGCAGCACAAGCAUGAGGAGCAGCUCCAGAAGCUUCAGACCAGGCUCGAGGAGACGAUCAAGCACUAUGAAACAUGCAAACACAACUCCAAGCAGCAACACGCAUUGCCUAAGCCUGGCUCCCCUUCUUACUUACCAGAUGGACCGAUUCAAAGCAACUCUUAUGAUUGUUCUCCUCAUGGAUCUCCACACAGGGCUAUCUCGCCCUCCUCACGUAUCAGUCUGACUGCUGAUGGGAAUGAAGCUGACUUUUCCGAUGAUACUUCAGUAAAAUCUGCCCAUUCAGUACAUCGUGAACUAUUUGCACCUUUGAGUCCAUCUGUUAUGUCUCCAACAACAUCAGUUGCUGCACAGUUUCUUCAAGAGGAGGAGAAGCGGUCACAAAAGCUCUUAAAACGUUUAGACAGACAUAUUGAGGAUCUCAAAAAUGAAAGUGAAAGUACAGUGAUUAGAUACUUACAAUCCUCUGCAUCCACACAGCAGUUCUCAGCUUCCAAUUAGUUGAAGCUGCUACUGAACACAAUGGGAUUGUUGUGUCUGGUUGUUGGGCUUUAUUGCUACCAUUUCGGUUGCUAUCAAACUGAAACUGUACAUAAAGUAGGGACUCUUUUUAAAAAAAAUCAAUGUCAUCCUUGCUUGUCUCAGUUUCUUUCUCAUCCCCAUCUCACUUAGUUCUUUGCAACCAUGUUUUACAUCAGCGGGAUGGAACUUACAGCUCUAAAGGACAUUGUUGACCCUGACUCCUUGGAGGCACUUUGGUGCCCUCCUUCAAAAUGAAUUUUCUCCUCAGAGCCAGAUUUUCAGUUCGCAAAAUGUGACCAAGGCACAGUUCAGCCCCCUGGAGAAGCUGAAGCACAAAAUGUAGUUCAGGCCAAGUUUUGAACUCCAGUAGUCCAUUGUCUGACCUGCAGCAUGUUAUAUUAAGCACACUGUGCUUCGAGACACAAAUGUUAGCAUUUGAGGCCUGGCUGCAAAUAGUGGAACAAUUUGGUGCAAAUGGAACAAUGCGAAUGAGAUCAAGUAUUGCUUUUGAUGUUUCAUCCAAUGAUGGCACACACUUUCUGAUGUUUGGACAUUGUCUUGUUGAAAACUAAACUGCUUUAUCAAGUUUUUCUCCCCCGCACACACCCAUCUCUUGAAGAUACUGUCUCUUGGGGCACUUGUCUAUGGAUGUUGGCAGCUCCCUGAUGUCUUGCCCAAGUUUCCCAUGCAACCAAUAUUGGCCAUCGAUGCCACUGCAGUCAAGCUGAUUGUGUUUUUACCUGAGAUUUUUUAAUAUAUAAUACAAAUAAAUAUAUACACAAUAUAUUACAUAUAUUAUAUACUGUAUAUUUAUAUACUGUCUAUAAUGUAUGUAUUCAGGAAUCACUGGAUAGAAAUUUGAGAGUUUAUUUUGGGGGGUGCUUGAGAUCAAUUUCAGUUUUCCACAAGCUGCUGAGAUUUAAUUAAAUCAGAAAAGAUGAGAAUCAAACCUUAGACCUUGGCACUGUGUGACUUGGUGCUGACCCUCAAAGCCAUUGGGACAACCUGAACACAUUUGUUAAGGAUCUUCCUCAAAAGAGUCAGUAUUUUUAGAAAUAUUCUAAGCUAUUUUUAUGUACAUAAGAUUUAUAAAUAAACUUUUUU